UUUUCAGUUAAUUAGAGUUUUAGCCCAUUACUAAUUCGAAUUUCGAAUUAGCCCAUCACUAGUUUUUAGUUUUUAGCAGAAUAAUUCCAUUGAUCUGAAAGGAACACAAAGAAAAGUCUGAUAAUCUCACACUGAGAAUAUUAAACUGCAAAAAGCGGACAUUUAUAUACUUAUAUUAAAUAUGAUGUCAGCGUUUAUAGAUAAUGGGGAUGAUAUUUGUAGAUUGUGUUUGAUUAAAUUUACAAGGGGUUCACCCAAAAUAAAAUUCUUUAAUGGACAUUUCCCCAAUAUUAUUAUGGAAAUAACAUCUCUCCAGAUUCAUGAAGAUGAACACCUACCUAGAUUUGUAUGCCAUAAUUGUGUUGAUAAAAUGAAUAUUGCCUAUCAAUUUAAAAGUCAAGUGGAAGAGUCUGAUAAGACAGUUCGAAAAAUGUAUUUGAAACAAAGUAUCAAAGUAUCAAUAAAGGAAGAGAAUACUAGCGAGAUAAGUGAUGAUUUUGAAGAAUCUCCAAAGAUAGAAUUUUCUGAUUUAUCCAAUCAUGAGUUUUUUGAAUUUAAAUCAUUACCACCUGGAGAGAAAGAACCAGUAAAAAACGAUUCUAAAUCUUCAAACACCAAAUUAUGUUUAAUAUGUAAUGAAGAACUUUUGGAUACCAUUUCCAUGAAAAAUCAUUUAAAAACCCAUGGAGUUUUUGAAAAUCUAGAGUGUAAAGAUUGUGGAAAGAAAUAUAAAAAUAGCUAUGACUUGAAGAUACAUUUAAGGAAACAUAAUGGAUUACGACCGUACUCCUGUGAAACUUGCAAAAAAUCUUAUUCAAAUCCUAGGAGUUACUGGAGGCAUAAAAAAGUACAUACAGGAGAGAAACCUUUCAAAUGUAAGAUUUGUGGUAAAGGUUUCAUUUAUUCAUCUCCAUUGGAAAUUCAUCUGAGAACACACAGUGGUGACAAACCUUUUGUAUGCGCUGAAUGUGGAAGUCGUUUUUCAACAUCAACACAACUCAAAAUGCAUACUAGGGUUCAUCACUCCAAAGAGAAACCAUAUCGUUGUGAUAUAUGUGCCAAGGAGUUUGCUGGUGGUUCUGGUUUAGCAGCUCAUACACUUACACAUACUGGGGAAAGGAAAUUUGUGUGUCCCACCUGCGGCAGAGGAUUGAGAACAUGUGGUGAUUUAAAAAAACAUUUACGUACUCAUACAGGAGAACGACCAUACAAAUGCAAACUACCUGAUUGUGACAAAGCAUAUAAAACCUGUAGCCAGUUAAGUGCACAUCUCAAAUCACAUACUGGUGAGAAGAAUUUUCCGUGCCCAAUUUGCUUAAAGUAUUUUGGAGAUGCAACUCAGUUGAAAAUUCAUAGUCGAGUACACACGGGAGAUAAACCAUACAGUUGUUCUAUUUGUGGUUGCAAAUUUACACAAUCUGGUUCAUUGUAUAAUCAUAUGAAGAUUCAUAACAAAAAUGAUUCUGACAAUAUGAAGUAGUAAGAGUGUAAUAAUUCAGUAAUUUAUAAAUAAAAAAAUUAGAGUA